AUGAGUCGGAUUUCCUGCUAUCAUGUAUUGCAAUAUAGCCGCCUUGCUAUACAUUUAAAAUAUGAGGUUGGCAUAGAGGAUAACCUCGAGGGUAGUCGGCUGUUCAAGUAUGUUGAUUCUAGUUCUAGACAUGAUCAGGCUACUGAGGCCACCUCAUCUAAGAACAAAUCUGCUGGGAAAAAGAUUUCCCCAACUCGUGGUUCUUCGCCAUGGGUUUUCAAAAAACCCUUCAAGGACAUCACCAAUUCUGAUGAGACUCACGCUGGCAGUAAAAAGGUGAAGAAAGACUCUAUUUUGACUAGGCCUGGGAAGAAUAAAACUGGGACUAAGUCUUGUUCUGCUAACUCGAUAGCAUCUGUGGGUUUACAGACUAAAGGUUCUGAGGUUCAAGAUGAUGUUCAUGGAAUGUUCUCUUUCAAUGUGGACAACUCUGUCUUCAUUGAGAAUCUGGGCAAGGGUGGCCCUCUCCAUGGACAUGAGCCUCCUGAUUUUAAUCCUAUGGGGCUUCCUGAAGUUGAUGUUGAUGGUGUGAAUGUUGCCUCUGACGAUAUGGACCUUCAAUGUGUCCCCACGGAACUUGGUGAGGCCGAGCUUGGACGGGAAGCAUGUGCUGGAAAAGAAAGUUGUGCUAUGACUAUCAAGGAUUUAAAAAAGGCCUAUGCCAUAGAUGUGUUCGCUAUUCUUGAGCCCAGAAUUAGUGUCCCUAGGGCUCUUAUUAUUGCCCAGAAUUUGGGUUUCUCUCAUCACCACAUUAUUGAUGCUACUGGCUUCUCUGGGGGAGGGGGCCAGUCUAUCAUUGCUUUAGUGACUUCGAGGAAUAAAAGAUGGCUUCUCACUGUGGUGUAUGAAAAUCCUUGCCCAAUGAUCAGAGAAGCCUUGUGGAAGUACUUUGAUGGUCUUGUUUCUUCUUUGCCUUGGCUUGUGCUAGGGGAUUUCAAUGAUAUUGCUAGUGCUGAUGAAAAAUGUGGUGGCAAUCUGAACCAUGGUGGUAAAAGCUUUGUUGAUUGGAUUGAUCAUAACCACCUCUUGAUUUGGGCUUCUUUGGCGCUCAAUUCACUUGGUGCUCAUCUAAUGCAUUUGCCUAGAGUGAAUGCUGACCAUUGUCCUAUUCUGGUUAGUCUUGAAUCCAACCACAGUCUUGACAAAGGUAAUGUCCCUUUUCGGUUUCAAGCCACGUGGAUGUCGCAUCUUGAGUUCUCUACCUUUAUUGCUGAUUGUUGGAAUUCUGGAAAAGAAGAUUACUGGCCAGACUUGCUGGUAUUCAACGAAAGCUCUGUCAAGGGCAUAACUCUUAUUUCAAUCAGUUGGAGAGGAGUGGAUUACAGACAAACAAGGCUUGAGGAAGCUGAUCUUGCUGAUUUAAGCUCCCUUGUUUCUGUGGAAGAGAUUAAGACUAAUGUCUUUGCCAUUGGUGGCUUAAAGACCCCUGGCCUUGAUGGUUUUCCUGCCAUCUUCUACCAAAAGUAUUGGGAGAUGUGCUCAAUUGAUAUAAUUACUUUUGUUCAGGAAUGUUUCAACUCUGCCACUCUCCCUGUUCAUCUUAAUGAGACUUUGAUUGCUCUGGUGCCCAAAGUAGAGAGGCCUGCUUCCAAGACCCAAAUAAGGCCUAUCAGUCUAUGCAACACUCUUUAUAAAGUGGUCUCCAAAAUUCUUGUGGCUAGGCUUUGA